AUGCUCGCACUCGCCCUCGAGGUAGUUGCGACUCCUUUUCCACAGGCUUCGGUCUUGCAAGACUCACAGCUCUUCACACUCCGCGCCAAUUGCUCGGACGAGCCCUGGCAUGGACGUUACCUCGUGAACCUCCCCACCAGCCACCGCUUGGGACUUGAGAACUUCACCGUACACCCAGAGACGCCAGGACUCAAGUUUCUCCCCAUUCUUCUUCGCGAUGAUGAUAACAAGUACGCUUUGCGAGGCGAGGCUGUGGGCGAUGACCUCUCCAGAACCCCUUACCUCGCCGCUCUCACCAACAAGGCGACUCGCACCGUCAGUAUGAAGAUUGUUUACCUCCCAACGCCUCUACGCGAGUCCUUUGACACGCAGACCGACGCUUGCCCCAAAGGCUACGACUGCACUGCCGAUCAAUGGACUUUCGAUGAGCCUACGCCAACGCCUGGAGGUAGGCGAAAUAUUUACUACAAUCUUAGAUUUGGCGGUUUUAAAGGCAGCUGGGAGCCAUUCAAGGAUGCAGGCAAAGAGGGGUGGCACGUGUACUGGAAGGGCAAUGCCGGCAUGUACCACCAUGUGCAAUUUGAUCUGGUCCCCGUUGUGAGUGGGAAUGUCCGCGUCGACUGA